AUGUGUUCUGGCCCCAGCUCAGUGUCCUGGGACCUGAAUCUCACUGCCGAAUCAGGCCAUGUGGUCCUUACCUUCCGGGACGGAAUUUGCACUGCGCCUCCACCAGAACUGACUUUGGAGCCACCUGAGGAGCUGCUGGAACCAGCCCUGUGGACAGAGCCCUGUGAGUACUUAUGGGGAAAGAGCCAGCGGUUUACGGAUGGCGGUUCCAGGGUAAAUGGACAACAUCCGGUUUGGAAGGCCACGACUCCGGAGAAUUCAGCUCAGCGGGAUGAAUGGCAGACUGUCUUCCCAGCAGUGAGGUGCUCCUGCACCCUGGUGCUUCUCCUCGGCCAGUUUGUGGAAAAAGUGGCCCUCGUCCUCAAGAGCCACAUCUUUGUGGAUGAAAUAAAAGCCCAGAGAGAGACAGCCACGUUCCCUUUGUCAGCUGUCAUGCUGCUCUGUGGCCGUUCUACCAGUGUCCCUCAGAGUACCAACCUGGACCACACACGGGGCAGCCGAAACUUAGCCAUGGCCGUGAGGAAGAUUGAGAUUAUGCGUUUUGGCAAGGAUACCGCAGAAAUGAUGUCACGCCUUUCUCGUGCGUCACAUCAGGGGCGCAUGAUGUCAGGAUGUGUUAUCACUGGUAACGUUAAUCCUGGCCACUUGGUUCAGAUGAAAACAGAUGGGCCUGACCACACUGGCAGCCCUGAUGCCAUCGUGGAGAGAGACCAAGAGGGAACAAGAGGCACAGUGCGUGCCCAGCCCCACCUCGGCUGGAACGUGAGCCGGGAGGCUUUGCAUGCGAUCACACAGGAGAACGCACCAGAACGUGACACAGCCCGGCCACUUUGCAAAUGA